AUGUUCCAGGAAACAUUGUCUGGCGAAGCUUUCAGUUGGUUCUACGAACUACCGACUGGUUCUGUAGGAAACUUCAAGGAGCUCGCAGACAAAUUUGUAGCUCGCUUCAUCCUAUGUAUUGAUGGGAUAAACACCCCGAAAGGACUACUGAAAGUACAGCAGGGGGAGAAAGAGACUCUAAAAUCUUUUGUCAACAGGUGGCAGGCGGCUACUACUGCCAAGUGCCGGGACCUUAAUAAGGAACUUGCGGAGUUGGCUUUCAGGCAAGGUCUGAGGCCCGGGGAUUUCCUCUACUCAAUCAAUCACCAACCCCCUUCCAGUUACGACGAGCUGAUGGCCACGACCAUCAGACAUGCCCAAGCCGAGUUUGAAACAUACGAGGAUAACAUCAAACCAAAGAAGAAGAAGGCCAACCCGACCCUGGUGGUCAGGGAUGAACCAAUGAAGCAGGAAUGGAACCAAGAUGCCAAGAAAUCACCCUACUCUGCAAGCAAGAGAAGCAAGGAGGUCCCAUCUAGAUCUAGGGAAUAUGCGGGGACUCAAUCUUACUGGGACGACAGAACGCAGCAAUACCCCAGAACACCGCCUCCCCGCUAUGAGGUGUACACGCUGCUUACAACCUCAUAUGAGAUUAUAUGGAAUGAGAACAGAGAUGAAAUACCCGGUCCACAACCCCAAAAAUUCCCAAAGAGUAAGCUCACACAUCAGGAUACCGGUAGGUUCUGCACCUAUCAUGAAGACGCAGGACACAAUACUAACCUUUGCGUGGCUUUGAAGAACAUGAUUGAGUCCCUCGUGCAGAAGGGCAAACUCCAACAGUAUUUACCCGCCAAGGAAGUAGGAGCUAUCGGUGUUUAUGGUCGGAUCCUUACCAUCCAUGGUGGGGGUCCCAAGGAUAAACAGCCCUAG